AUGUGUUGCACAAAUGAAGAUUAUUUAAAACCUUUGACGAAAGGCAUUUGGUGUUUAAAUUGGGGGAAGGCUUUGGGAAAGGAAUGCACUACAAAUAAUGAAUGUAAAAGUUUCAAAAGGCCGCAGGCUUCUUGUGUUGAUGGGGAAUGUUGUACUCGUCCGAGGGAAGUAAUUGAAGAGGAGAAGGAGGAAGGUGAAAGUGAUUUGAUUUUGAAAGAAUCAAGUGAAGAAAGUGAGGAAAAUGAAAAAGAAAAGAAGAAAAAUAAAAGUAAGGAGGAGGAUGAAAUGGGAAAUGAAGAAGAUAAAUAUGAAGAGGAUUUUGAGGAUUUUAAAAGUUUGGAGUCUGGUGAAGAUUUGGAAGAAGAUUUUGAUAGAGAUUCAAAUGACGAUAUUGAUGUAAAUAAUCAGAAUAAAUUUAUGACAAAAGAAUUAAGUGAAGGACGAAGAAUUUGUAGGAGUAAAGGCCUUCUCUACAAAAAAGUUCGAAGAUGUUCUCCAAAUUUAACUUGUGGAAAUAAAUAUAUAUUUUUGUGUAUUUCUGGUCAUUGUUGUUUAAAAAAAGAGGAAAAUUAUGAGGAGGAUUUAAAUGAAGGUAGAAUACCUUUUGCCCCUUUCGGUUUUUGUCUUUUAACAAGAAAAUAUCGAAGAUUUAUUGGAAGAUUAUGUAAUAAAAUAUCAGAUUGUCCCAAAGCUUUUGAUGUUAAUAGAAAAAGAGUGCCGAUUCGUUGCUUGAGAGGUUUGAAUUAA